AUGUCGACCGAGGAGAAGAAGAUUGAAGACCCCGCCUCCUCCGCCUCUGCCACCGAGGAAAACAAGAGUGAAGCCUCCGCCUCCGCCUCCGCCUCCGCCUCCGAGGCGCCGUCUACGACGGAAAACGACGGCGCGGAAAAGAAGAAGAUCUCCCUCAAGACCUCCGACGGCGAGGUCUUCGAGAUCGACGGGGAUAUCGCGAUGCAGUUCCAGACCGUCAAGUCGUUCUUCCAGGACGAGGGCGUCGGCGACAUGGUGAUGCCGUUGCCGAACGUGCACAGCGCGGAGCUCGUGAACAUCAUCGAUUUCUGCACCAAAACCCAACAUCUGCAUCGGAAAGUGGAGCACGAUGAGGCGUGGAGGAAGGAGCUGAGGAAAAUCAGCACCGAUUUCGUCAGGGAGUUAACAACCGACCGCGUGAUGGAGCUGAUCCUGGCCGCCGACUUCUUGCACGUCGAUCUAUUGCUGGAAGUGCUGAACCAGACCGUGGCGGAUCGGAUCAAGAACAAGAGCGUCGAGCACGUGAGGAAGUUGUUCGGCGUCGAGAGCGAUUACACGCCCGAGGAAGAACAGAAGCUUCGCGAGGAGUAUGCUUGGGCUUUUGAAGGAGUCGAUGAAGACUGA